AUGGUCAGGGCGGGUGGUAUUUUGAAGAUUGCGGCGCUCGUAUUUGCGUUUCUGCUAGCUGUCUUUCUGGCUUUUCAACUGCUGGAGAUUAACAUGGACUUCAAUCUGAGCAGUGUGAUCUCGAGAUCUAUGCCAGUGAAUGAACCAUCAAUUAAGCCGUUGAAGUACAAGUGUGGGAUGUCCAAGUUGUGUCCCGCUGGACACUUGGCCUUCAAGAUGGCGAGUGGAGCAGCCAGUGUGGUGGGGCCCAGGAUCUGCCUGGACGACAAACUAUUAAUGAGCGGAGUGAAGAACAACGUGGGGAGAGGAAUCAACAUCGCCCUGAUAAAUGGGAAAACAGGGGACCUUAUCAACACAGCGUUUUUUGAUAUGUGGGGUGGAGAUGUGGCUCCGCUUAUUAAGUUAGUGAAGGGAAUUGAGGAUGGGACGAUCGUGAUGAUGGCCUCCUUCGAUGAUGCUGCAACAAAACUCAACGAUGAGGCCAGGAAGCUCAUUGCUGAUCUGGGAAGCUCGAUCGUCAGUAACUUGGGAUUCCGUGAUAACUGGAUCUUUGUAGGAGGGAAAGGCAUCAAGACCAAGAGUCCAUUUGAGCAGCAUAUAAAGAACAGUGCAGACACCAACAAGUUUGAGGGAUGGCCCGAGGUGUUGGAGAUGGAAGGCUGCGUGCCUCAGAGGCAGGACUAAGGACCACCACCCCCCCUAUCCCCUACACCUCCCAUACAUUCCCGUUCCAAUGAGACUCUUUAAGUGGUUACACUUGUUUGGGCGGAUAAAGGUCAUUCUUACAGCUCUCACCCCAAAGCUUCAACCGUACCUACCAGAACAAAAUCACUCGCUGCUGUGAACCCGUUCCUCUGUAUUGAAACCAUGAUGUAGUCUGGAUUCAGGUGUUUGGAACUAGAUGGUAGAGAGCACUGAUUUAAAGGGAAUUACCUUUGAUUAUUGGCUUACUAUCGGUGAGGCCCAAAGACUUGAUAGUGUUGCAUUAUUGCACUGUUGCAGAGGGAAAUGAAGCCACAUUUCCUUAACCUGUCGCCUGCCUUAAUCUCAUUUUCUUAUUCCUGGUUUUUAAACAAACAUGACUUUGUGAUUUAUGCUGUUCCUUUAAGAGUUUGCGGUAAGAAAAUUAUUAUUAACAGGGUUUGAAGACGUCAUGAUAUUAAACCAAAUGUACCAAAUUCACUGUGAAAUUUGUAAAUAUUUGUUUAGAGGAGCCUUUGAGAAUAUAAAGACCCAAACUAAAUGAACGUCGUAAUAAUAAUAUAAUUUCAUAAAAUAAAUGAUAUUGUUAGCAGUGUGUGUAUGUGUGUGAGUGGAUUAAAGCGUUAUUUCUUUGUGCCUGUGAGUCUAGUACGGCUAUGUCGUUUUGUAUUUGCAUUUACAGUACAGUAGACAUCGUCACUGUGCAAACUGAACAAUCAGUACCUAGGAGUUAAUCAUUAGUCUGUUUCAUCUUGCCUUUCUGUCAGCCACAUUCAAAGAAGUUCCCCUCAGACAGGUGUGUCUGGUGGUGAUAGCAAAGUUAUGAGUAAAAUCCACACCCUGUGUUGUUCAUUUUUGUAAUCUAAAACGUAUUUUACCCACCCACCAGUCUUACUUUGAGUUUGCACUUUAUACAAAAGCCUUUUAAGCAGUAGUACUUCACAGCGUUAAGAAGCAAUUUUGUAAAGUAAAACAGUCUGUAACUCCUUGUGUUUCUUUUUUCUUAAUUAAUACAAAUUUAUAAAAAUAAAUGUCAACUAAUGAGCGGCAUUUAAAGGUUGGCAUUACCAUCUUAUGGCUGAACCAUACUUAUAAUUGGCAAUCAAUUAAAUUCAUUUCAAACACUUCUGCAGUUAUGUUUGUAAUUUUUCUUUAUAUAAUAUUCAGUGCAUCUUUUUAUAUAACCUUAAAACUGUAAUGAGCACAGAGCAAAGGAAAAUAUGAUUCAGUCCAUAAAAUAUGGCUCACCUCUACUGUGUCAUUUAGGACUCAGCUAAUCUUUUAAUAUGAUUUUCUUCAGCAGUCAUUUUUAACCAGUGACUCACAAGUUGUGCAAUUCCUUCAUCAUUUUAUCCUCUACUUGUUUUAAUAUUCUUCAAAAUAAAAUCUCAAGUGUCACUAAA